ACGCUGGGCCGGGCUCCCGGCUUCUCUGGCUGCUUCUCCAACCGAGAGCCAUCCUGAGGGGCGGGACCGCGAGCCUGACGGACGUGCUUUCCGGCAUCGGUGAAGCAGAGCCCCGAGCCAUGUUGCCAGAAGGCCUACUGGUGUCGGCGCCGGGGAAAGUCAUCCUGCACGGAGAGCAUGCCGUGGUCCAUGGCAAGGUAGCACUGGCUGUGGCCUUGAACUUGAGAACCUUUCUCCGGCUUCAACCCCGCAGCAAUGGGAAAGUGGGCCUCCGCUUACCAAACAUUGGCGUCCAGAGGACCUGGGAUGUGGCCCGGCUCCAGCUGCUGGACACCAGCUUCCUGGAGCAAGGUGACGUCACAGAGCAAGUGGAGAAGCUGAAGGAGGUGGCGGGCUUCCCUGAGGACUGUGCCGACCGCGAGCGUCUGGCCGUGCUGGCCUUCCUCUACCUGUUCCUGUCCGUCUGCCGGAAGCGGAGCGCCCUGCCCAGCCUGGACGUCGUGGUGUGGUCGGAGCUGCCCACCGGGGCCGGCUUGGGCUCCAGUGCCGCCUACUCCGUGUGUCUGGCAGCUGCCCUCCUGACCUUGUGCGAGGAGAUCCCAAACCCGCUGAAGGGCGGGGAGGCCGCCAGCAGGUGGACAGCGGAGGACUUGGAAGUGAUUAACAAGUGGGCCUUCCAGGGGGAGAGGGUGAUUCACGGGAACCCCUCCGGAGUGGACAACGCCGUCAGCACCUGGGGAGGCGCGCUCCGAUACCAACAAGGAAAGAUCUCACCCCUAAAGAGGCCCCCGGCUCUGAAGAUCCUCCUGACCAACACCAAAGUCCCUCGCAGCACCAAGGCCCUGGUGCUCGGCGUCAGGAACAGGCUGCUAAAGUUCCCAGAGAUCGUGGCCCCCCUCCUGACCUCCAUGGACGCCAUUUCCCUGGCAUGCGAGCGGGUCCUGGGAGAGAUGGCGGCGGCCCCAGCCCCGGAGCACUACCUGGUGCUGGAGGAGCUGAUCGAUAUGAACCAGCACCACCUGAAUGCCCUCGGUGUGGGCCACACCUCACUGGACCAGCUCUGCCAGCUGACCAUGGCCCGGGGGCUGCACAGCAAGCUCACUGGUGCUGGCGGCGGUGGUUGUGGCAUCACUCUCCUCAGGCCAGACCUGGAGGGCCCAGAGGUGGAGGCCACGAAGCAGGCGCUGACCGACUGUGGGUUUGACUGCUGGGAAACCAGCAUCGGUGCCCCUGGCGUCUCCAUCCACUCGGCCGCCUCCCUGGACGCCCCCGUCCGGCAAGCCCUGGACGGCCUCUGAGAUGAAACACGCCGUUGCAGCCUGCCAAGAAGCCCCUGCCUGGGUUAUUCUGGGGCUUUAGUUGGCCUCUGUGCCGGCCAGAGGGCGCCCAGCUCCUGACGCUGACAGGCCCCGGUGACGUCUCUUCCAUUGGCUGUGUCUACAGAACCACCAGUGGGGCCUGGAGCCUGCCAUGGGCUGGGCUGCCCAGAAGACAUGGUCUGCGAGCCGCGUUCUCCAGCGGCUGGGCAGAGGGCUGUGCGCGGGUCUCUGGGACUGCAGACCUGAGACAUGGGGUGCUCUUUCUUGUCCUCCCUGAGGUUCCCCAGACCCUCUGCUUUCCCCUCAAACCCCCUGGCUGACCUGGCGAAAAGCUCAGGUGCAGGGGUCUGGUUCCCGGGGCAGCGUGCCUUCUCCCUCCUUCACCUCUGCACUUCCUCCUCUGUCUCAGGGCCAGGCCCACCUCCUCCAGAAAGCCUUCCCAGACCCCUGGCUGGUGACCCUCCCUUCACACCUUCAGUCUUUUAAAACCAUCAGCACUUUGUGUGGCUCUUCUCUCCAGCUAGAUGGUGGGCUCCCCUAGGGAGCGUCCAGGUGGUGGUCUUUGCCUUCUGUCCUGUGGCCCAAGGGUUGACCCCAGGCAGGGUUGAUGCCCAGUUUCUUUCAGUCUGUACCCGAGGGUUUGCAGAAACGGUGGCAAAGGGGGAAUAAAAAGAUCUUGAGUGAA